AUGCUGAACAUCAGCCGCCAGGAAUGUCUAUGCGACGACUUGGUGAACAUCUGGGCCACCGGACUAGUGCAGAACAAAAUCUACAAAAUACACGCGUCCUUCAAACAUCGCACCGGGACCCAUUUUGCCUACGGCCUGUUCAAGGCUGACGCGAGGGGUACGGUGGAUUUGAGUCGCGACAGGCCGCUCAUCGGAACGUAUAGAGAAAUCGAUUCAAUGGGUCUCUUUCACUCGAUGGGCCCUGCCGAAGACGUUCGGCCCGGAUCUACCGUAUGGGCGACACCGCCUGAACCGUUUGUCUACACCAUCAAAUUACUGGGCGACAAAGAAGCGCUACUAGACGAGCUGAAACAUACGAGACACUGGAAGCAUCCACUCGUUAGGAGUAUCGACGUGGAAAAUGAGGACUUGACCGGGACUGUUUAUCUACCCCCAGGCCCGGGCCCAUUUCCUACCGUAAUCGAUUUCGCGGGGACCGGUGGAGGCAUUCGACAGCAUCGAGGAGCUCUACUGGCCUCGAGGGGUUUCGCCACCCUUGCCCUCCCAUUUUUCGGCUACAAAAAUCUACCCGCCGACCUCGAGGACGUCGACGUCAACUAUUUUUUGAAAGCGAUCGAUUGGCUGGCGCGGCAGCCGUUUUGCGGAAAAAUCGGAAUGCAGGGCAACUCGUUUGGCGGGGUCGUUUGUUUGGCAGUGGCCGAUCGGACUGACAAGAUAUCGGCCUACUGUAUCAUCAAUUCUCUGCACGUGAUGGAUCCGAACGCGCGGAUACGCGCUGACGGAGAAUUCAUGCCGUGUGCCGAGCUUCCAAUGGAUCUGGAAUACCAUUUCGAGGACGAGGCCCUCAUCUACCGUACCACCACCGAGAAAUUGCACGAGACCCCGGAAUCGGAAUUCCGAUUUCGCGGAUGCGCCCCGGGGACAAUGUUUCGCUUUGUGGCGGCCAUCGAUGACCUGACGACACCGGCCGUCAAAUCGGCCAGGAUCUUGGAGGAGCGGGUUAAAAAAUUAGGCUUCUACGCCGAGGUAGACGAAGUUCGAGGAGGACACCUUAUUGAAGCCACCUCUCUGCCCCAUAUGCACUACAUCUAUUCCGGAUUUAUAAACGGUUUCCAAAAGUACGGCUGUGAGGAUCCGUACACGCACUGUAAAAGCCAGCAGGGCGUUUGGGAGCGCAGUAAGAAAUUCUUUGCCCAUUCACUCGGCCAGCCCACUCCGCUACCACCACUUCAUCAAGAAUCCAGCCGGCUA